CCCUCCACCACAAGAAAGAGCGGUCGACCGUCACAACAGCAGCACUGAACACUGUACCAUCUCCCACCAAAUGAAUCAUUGUGUUGAUCAUGAUGCAGACAUACUAGAUUUUCCUCUCUCUCGAUAGAUCCGUCCCACAUGGAAUUGUGGCUGCUAGAUCAGGUCCCAUGGAUUCGUAGUCAAAUCCACCAGUGUCCGUAUAUUGCGCGAACCAUCAAUUGGUCUCCGUCCAACGGCGGCUACAUAACCUAUACAUAAAGAGAAACACAACACACACUACCGACCGACGCUUGGUUGAAAACCAUGCCCAUGCCCGAGGCCUCCGAUCCGAUCGGCGCCGCAGCUGUCGGGUUCCCUGCUAAGAAGAUGGAAGGCUUUGUGGAAGCUCCUCUGUCCGAACGAGGGCUGGAGAUAGCCAAGAGUCGAGAAGAGCUUCUGCGCCUCCUGCACGAUCUCCCGGAAUCCGAGUUCGAGCUCUCCCUCACCGAUCUUGUGGAGAAAGGAACGGGGGUUGCCAGUGAUCCCGUGGCGAACAAGGCCGCGUCUUUGCUUGAAGGGCAGCUGAAUCGGGCCAAUGUCGUCAGUAAAGAGAGGAGGAGGAGGAAGAAGAAGAAGCGAAGCAGCAGCAGGAGUAGCUUCGGAAGCAGCAGCGACGGCGUGCUGCUCAACUUCUACGUGCCGGCCUCCUUGUCGCGAAGCCUAACCACGCCGAGGUCGAGCCGCCGGCCUGCCGCCGCCGCAGCAACGACGGACUGGCGACGACAAGAGGACAGAGAGAUGAAGACUUUAGGGUGCUGGUCGGGCCUGUGGCAGAGGGGGAGGGGGAAAUGAAGGGGACACUUGGGUAUCGUGUGUCGUUCAUCUUUUCUGAAGCAGCUAAGCCACGUCUUCUUCGUCCACCGAUAGGCUUCCAAAGUUGUCAUGUUUUGUCUGUAAAUGAUGUUUAACCCUUGUGGAUCGGCGCUGUCAUGUUCUCUUUGGUGCAUUAUAGCCUUUGAUUCCUCAA